UGCGCGCCCCCCGCCGCGCGCGGAGAUGCGGAGGGCGAUGGGGAGCGUGGACGAUCUGAUCGAGGAGGCCAAGGUGCGGACCCUGUGCUGGGCGCUCUGCAUCUUCGCCAUCUCCUACUUCAUGACGCAUACAAGUAAAUCAAUGUGGACAAAUGUUCCUAUGUCCAUUCUUAUACUGGCGUUUUUGCGUUACAUCUCCUUCAAAGUGGAGUUCCGUUGGAGAAGCCAGCCUGUACCUAAGCAGACAUAUUUGUCUCAAGCGUCAAAACGGCAGUUGUCUGCUAAUGAUCACCGGCUCUCAAAUGUGCCACCAGUUUCAAGAUGGAGAAGGAAAGUUGGUUCACCUUCUGUUGAGGCUGCUUUUGAAAGUUUCAUCGACAAUAUUCUGCGGGACUUUGUCACGGACUUGUGGUAUUCUUCUAUUACUCCUGAUAGAGAGGCUCCAGAACUGAUACGCGGCUUAAUUCUCCAUGCUCUUGGUGAGGUAUCAGGCAGGGCGAAGGAGAUGAAUCUAGUGGACUUGCUAACAAGGGAUAUGGCUGAUUUGGUUGGAAAACAUGUCGAUAUGUUCCGAAAGAAUCAGUCUCAAAUUGGUGUUGAUGUCAUGGUAACAUUGUCUUCCGAGGAAAGAGAUGAGAGAUUGAAGCAGCACCUGAUAGUUUCACAGGAACUUCACCCUGCAUUGUUAUCUUCAGAACACGAAUACAAGGUUCUUCAAGAACUAGUUGGGGGUAUUAUGGCCCUAGUGUUGAGACCACAAGAUGCACAAAGUCCAUUGGUCCGCUGCUUCUCCAGGGAACUACUGACUUGCCUAGUCUUGCAACCAGUGAUGAACUUUGCAAGUCCGAUCUAUGUGAAUGAGCUAAUUAUCUGUUUUCUAAACAAUAAAGACACAAACAUUGGAGGCAGCGUGAACAAGACUACUACUGUAGUUGGGGUAACAAAUGAUCAUUCAUCUUAUAAAGGAGGUCCCCAGGGUCGUCAAACGGAAUCACAAAAGUUGUCUGCAGAAUCAAGUAGUUCCGGGAUGACAUCCCUUGAGGGUGACAAGUCAAAAGUGUCAGUGGAUGAACAUGGGAGGACCGUCCUGCCUCGUCAGGCAGAUUGGGCAGUGGUAUUGGAUGCAGCUACUGAAAGGCGGUCUCAGGUUCUUGCUCCGGAGAACCUUGAGAACAUGUGGGCUAUUGGGAGAAAUUACCAAAAGAAAAUGGUGAAGGUGGAGCAUCCAACAAAAGGAAAAGGUGCAGGACGCGUAGAUAACAUUCGAACUGCAGUAGCGGCCGGAAAAGAGUUAUCCCCUAACUUCAAUGAGAGAGUUACAUCAGUUGAUGACAAAUACAUGGUCAAUUUGAUGCAAGGUUCAAAUAGGAAUGCUCAGUCCACUUUUGUCGCGGGCAGUCACCCACUUGUUUCGCAAAAUACAGAUGAGGUGAAAUCAAAAGAGCAGAGUCAAGUUUAUUAUAGCAGCAAGGAAAAACACUCUGAAGCUGUGAAGAACACAAAAGCUCAGCUAAAGCGGUCUAAUAGUAGUCCGGAUAUGGAGAAAAGACAUUUGGCCAAAAGUAAUCAAACUGUGAUUUCCAAUGAAAGCUUAAAUGCAAAGAAAAAUCAAGAGGACAAAGGUUCAGGUCCUUCCUCACAUGGUGAGGUACUAAUAUACGCUCAGAAGAUAAGGUGUCGGGUAGUGGGUGCAUAUUUCGAGAAACUGGGUUCAAAAUCUUUUGCAGUUUAUUCUAUUGCUGUCACUGGUGCAGAUAACAAGGCCUGGUUUGUGAAAAGAAGAUACCGAAACUUUGAACGUCUUCAUAGACAACUGAAGGAAAUACCUAAUUACUCAUUGCACUUGCCUCCAAAGAGUUUCCUUUCAUCUAGUAUUGAUGAUUACCUUGUGCACCAGCGAUGUAUUCUACUGGACAGAUAUCUUCAAGAUCUCUUGUCGAUCGCUAAUAUUGCAGAGCAGCAUGAAGUUAUGGAUUUUCUUAGUGAGUCAUCAAAGAAUUACUCAGCUGGAAAGUCCACUUCUGUUAUGAAAACCUUGGCUGCAGUCAACGUUGAUGAUGCCAUGGAUGACAUUGUUCGGCAUGUUAAAGGAGUUUCAGAUGGUCUAAAACGCGCGGUCAGCACAUCAUCCCCGAGCGCACCUUAUUCACAAUUUGCUGAUAAUAGGAUGCCUUUAUCUUGGAACCAGGAAGAGAUAGACAACCAGAAUCUGCAGAAUAGACACUUGGGAAGUUCACAUAGCCUUUCCGAUGUUGAUAGUAACUGUGAAGAUCGCCCCUCAUCUGUAAAUAGUUCAUGUCAUUCAUGCCACUCAGACAAUGAAUUGAACAAUGGAGGGUACGGCUCAAAUGAUAUUAAGCACAUCGAAGCAUGCACUAGUUGUGAUGCACAAGUAAACCAACGAAUAGAAAAACCCGCGAGGGGAAAUUCAGAUUCUGCAAACAUGUCAUCUGUAAAACCAUUUGAGGAUCCGUCUGGAAUUCCUCCUGAGUGGGUGCCAACAAAUGUGAGCGUGCCUUUAUUGAAUCUGGUAGACAAGGUGUUCCAACUAAAGCGACGUGGUUGGAUAAGAAAACAAGUUCUUUGGAUAUCAAAACAAAUCUUGCAGUUACUCAUGGAAGAUGCAAUCGAUGAUUGGAUUAUAAGACAGAUUAAUUGGCUUAGAAGAGAUGAGGUCAUUAUACAAGGAAUCCGUUGGAUUCAAGAUACGCUCUGGCCUAAUGGUGUCUUCUUCACCAAGUUGGAUGGACUUCAAGGAGGUGCAGGUGCGAGUCAAUCUGACAAGCACCCAUCAGGAAGUGCGGAUGAAGCUACUGGUAACAGAAAGAGCAGUACAAGCUCUUUUGAGCUUCAGCUGGAGGCAUCUAGAAAUGCCAGUGAAGUUAAGAAACUUCUUUUAGGUGGGACUCCAUCUACGUUAGUCAGCAUAAUUGGGUACAAGCAGUACCAACGCAGUGCAAGGGACAUCUACUACUUCCUGCAAUCCACCGUGUGUGUGAAGCAGCUCACUUUUGCGAUGAUAGAACAGGUGCUUGUGUCACUCUUCCCAGAACUUCAUAAGCUCAUAGAAGACAUCCAUGAGAAGGGUCACAAGGAACAAGCCGCGUUCACAUACCAACUUUGACCGAAUUAGAGAUGUUGAUACACCAUAAAUGGGCUUUAAAUUCUAAGCCUGCAUCAUUUCCUCUGUGUUGGAGCAUCGAGCUUCCCGGGCCUCAGUUUUGCCCAAAUGGAUUUUGGGAGCGCUAAGUUGGAUCCAGAGAAGCGGUUUUGCUUUCUCCCCACUUAAAAUAUGUACAGCCGUAUAGCAGAAGGUAUGUAAAUUAGGCACCCUGAUGCAAUCUAGAACAUGUUUCAGUGAGUUGUGUUAGGAAUAGUAUGUACCACAUCAUUCUUUAAUUCUUUUUUGCUGAGCUGCAAGUUAAUCUGUUGGAACGAGGCUUGUAAAUUAUGAAGUUCAAUUGUAUAGCUGUACCAUUUUUCCCUGGGUGAUAUUUUACUGGUGAAAUCAAAUCAUUCUCUGGAGACUUCACUGGAUCUUA